AUGAGUUGAAGAAGUGGUGACACGCAUGAUAGUGACAUGUGUUCGGGUGAUUGUGUUGCCGAGUUUCAUGUCAUUGAGUUGUGAGCGGACGGAUAGUGGGAGGAUGGAGGUGAUGGUUAGCUACCCAUAGUUGGCCCGUGCACAUGGGUGAGUUUCUGUGGCUACAGAAUAAUGCAGACUCGGCUGGAGAUGUCUUCCACGAGCUCAAAACUAUGAUUUUUUGCUAAACUCUCAUAACAAGAAUAAUCGGAAAUAUCCACUAUGGAAGCUUUGGAUCCAAACACAAAUCGAGAGGGGCUUCAUGUAUUAUUUUUGGUGGAGUGGGUGAUCUUUAGCUUUGAUGCAAGCACGCGAGGAUGUGCCAGGAUUGGCUGUGUUGUACAGCGCGGCAGGCUGGCACAGAAGGGUUAGAGAUAUGGUGCUGCAGGAGGUAAGCACGGCAGCACACAGCACAGCGACGGGAUCGAUCAAUCAGCUCUCUUCUUACACAGUGGUUCUCAGUUUUGAGAUAUGCGUUUCCGUUGAUACUGCCACUGAUGAAAUUUUCAGUUGGGGUUUGCAUUGUUAAUUUCUGAAUCGAGUUUGACUUAUUGAUAAAGAAUGGACACCCAUCGCAAGGCUCCCCCGAUGGCAGCCCGGUCGGUCUCUGGAGGUGGGAUGCCGCUUUCGAGAGCACAUCAACUUCAUCAGCAGCAGCAGCGAUUCCCGCCUUUGUCGACAGGGCAGAGUACAUCGAGGGGUACAUCACCCAAUGCGAGUAAUGCCAACACUGGGCCGUUGCUUUCGCCAAAUCAGGUCGUUGCUCUCGUUCGGGAGGCUAGGAGAAAAGCGAUUGAAGAUGAGGAGACAAGAACGCCGGUGUCGGGGACCACUGGGGCAACUGGUUCGGGAAUCACGCUAGAUUUGAUUGGGAAAAACAUUCCUGUUUUACCUGAUGAGGUUGUCGAUAUCCUGAGGACAGGGGUUGAAAGGCUCGCGCUAUCACACAAUGCCUUGAAGGGACUUCCACCGAGGUUCUCGCAAUGUACAUCUUUGAGGUACCUCGCGGCGAGGAACAAUGCGUUCGAGGUCUUUCCUUUGGCAUUAUGUGAUCUAAUAUCAUUGGAGUUCCUCGAUGUGGGAAGGAAUCGGUUGAGGGAGCUCCCUCCCGAGAUUUCCAAGCUGAAUUCGCUCAAGGCGCUUUCGGUUCAGGAGAACCAAAUUACAAGACUUCCCGCUAGCAUGGCGAAUAUGGUCUCCCUUCAGCGGCUGAGGUUCACGGGCAAUCCGAUCAUCUACCCUCCCAAGGAGGUCUUGCAGCUACCAACGGUCCAUGAUCAACAGUCCAGUGGGGCUCUGGCCGAGAGCGAGGCAGACCGUGUUGUGACUGAGCGUAUCAAGAAAUUCCUAGCUCGGAGUGUCAGUGUGAGUAUCAUUGAAGGGAUGGCUGAUACAGAGACGGGGGAUGAGUCGAGUGAGAGUGCUGAUACACCGCGAGUGCCAUCACGCCGAGGCGGCCGGUUUCCGGUCAAGGUAAAUGGAUCCGGAAUUGCAUCCUCGCCAGGAUCGAGAUCUGCAUCUUUGUCUAGACCACCGAGGGUUUCCAGCAGACGGUCUCUUUCUCAGUACAGCAAUGGGUUCACCAGGAGACCGUCGGGAAUGAUACCACUGACAAUGACGGCAUCGAGUGACGAUCUACGGAGCCCGCCUGAGCAGCCGGCCGUAUCACCGGAGCCGAAGAGACCAGAUACGGCAUCUUCUCGCACGACAGAGUCUACCAUCUCUUCUAGGACUAUCACCCCUGGAUCAGCAAGCUCUUUUCUUGCGCCGUCUUCGGCUUCAAGCCUUUCGACAGAUGUGCCCAAUAUGAACCGGCUUAGCAGUCAUUUUCGCGGUUUCAGUUACAGUGGUGCGCCGACCUUCUCCAAUCCUUUCAGUCCGGAAGAACCGUCUCUACAGAGGCCGCUGUGUGUUCGCGAGCUUUCCGCUCUGCCAAUACGUCGUUAUCAAUCUCAAAUUCCAGACCCGGUCUUGGAGUUUUUCAAAGGGGUCCUAUAUUCCAUUUAUCAGAUCCAUUUGUGCGUACAAACAUUAAUGAGUUUGACCAACGACGGGACUUCACGGCGCUCCAGUCUCGAGAUGAUCUUUUACAACACCCACAAGUACUUUGAAGAGCUGGAGCAGGCAAUCCAGGAUUUUGAACUGUCGUCAGGCGGUCGGACAUCAGCACGAGACUACGGGCCUAUGCAACGCGCUUACACAGCCUUGAUAUUGGCCUACGUCCAGAUUUGUGCUCGGCUGGCCAGCAAUGUUGAUUUACUGGUCGACAAUGGAGAUCCCCGAUAUAUGCGCACCUUUCUCAUGCAGGUUUAUCAUGGCAUCAUGGAGCUGCGCGUGGCCAUUUCCAGCCGGCCUUUGAAUAACCGCAACAACAUCCUGACUGCUCGUCCUUCCCAACCACCACCAGUGACACCUCCUUCUGUCCGUCGUCGGCAACCAUCGCAGCCAUUGCCAAUGACGCCCAGGUCCCAAACGCCUCAGCCGCAACAGCCAUCGUCUCUUCGUGCAAAACGAGCGGCCAUCACCCCCAAGACACCUAUGCAAGUCCGCACCGAUAUCCCUUACCGUCCCAAGUCGAACUCUGUGACCGUCUCUGUUUCAUCAUCGCGAUCCACCUCCCAAAGCUACCCAACAACAACCAUAGCCGUCAUCCCUCAAACCGCUAAAUCAGCCGACUCUUUCACUUCCGCCGUCUCCUCCAACGACGACGACAGCGACGACCGCCGUUUCGCCUCCCCGCCACCCCUAUCAACGCCCCUCCCCAGCCUCCCAACCCCCUCAUCCACCAACACCACAUUCAACGUCACGACCCCCAUAACCCUCCAGCUAACCGCCUUUCUCACCUCCCUCCGCAACCUCACAACCCUAAUCCACACCUUCCUCCCGUCCCUCGACAACCUCUUCUCAUCCGUCAUCAACAACGCCACAACCACCGACUUACUGCGAUCAUCCACCAUGGUACCCCUAUUCGAAGACCUCAUCUCCAAAACGAGCUCUGUCCUCCAGCAAACGGAUAUUCUGCGCUCAAUGCUGUCUUCUUCAUCGCCGCUCAAUUACAGUGAAAAUGGUCCGAUAUGGUCGACGUGCAAGAGCUUGUUCAACAAGUGGACGAACCUGGGGAUACAAAUCAGGGAGGCGCUAGGGAAGAAGAUUUUGAGCUUUGGGCCGGGGAUGGUGGAGGGAUUGAGGGGGGUUAAUAAGGGGGUCAGGGGGUGUAUGGAGUUGAUGGUUGCGCUUCGAGGGGGUGGUGGGAGGCUGGAUGUUGGUGGUGGGCAGGGGAGUCCUAGGUUGGGGAGUCCUGGGUUGGGGAGUCCUGGGUUGGGGAGUCCUGGGCAGAGGCUUGGGGGGAGUAGUAGUAAUACCAUGAAGAGGAGGGGGCAGAUGGGGUUGCCAGUUACGCCUAGGAGUGUCAGCUUGGCUACGGGGAUGGGGGGGAGUGGGACGAGGGGAAUAUAUUCUUCGCCUUGA